CCACAGCUAGUGAAGUAGCUCUUCUGAGUACUGUUAAGAAAGGAAAAGGAAAGUUCAGACAAUCUAGUCAAGAAUUCAACAAAAUAAAGUACAUACUUAGAAGGAACAGUGGAUGCACCGUGGAGGGAUCUUUUUAUUGUGAUUUCAGUCUGCAGUACAGACAAUGUGUUCCAUUAAGAUUGAGUCUAUAGUGAAGGAAAAGAACAGGAUGGGAGAGUGCCCAGUAUGGGAGGAAAGGGAGAAUUCUCUUGUAUAUGUGGAUAUCAAUUCGCAGAAAGUUUGCCGCUGGAACUCAGUCACCAAUGAAAUUCAGUGUGUGUCUGUGGAUGCUCGUGUUGGCUCAGUGGCCCUUCGCAAGAGUGGAGGCUAUGUGAUUGCUCUAGGAACCAGCUUUGCCUUUUUGAACUGGAAAAAUCGGAAAGUUGUUACUAUUUCUGAGCAGGAAUUAGAUAAACUGAACAACCGAUUUAAUGAUGGAAAAGUGGAUCCACAAGGGAAUUUUUUUGCAGGUACCAUGGCAGAAGAGACUGCUCCUGGUGUGAGAGCAAGGCACCAAGGGGCUCUUUACACUCUUUUCCCUGACUGCAGUGUUGUGAAGCAGUUAGAUCACGUGGAUAUCUCAAAUGGUCUGGACUGGUCACUAGAUCACAGAACUUUCUUCCACAUCGAUAGCCUGGCUUAUGCUGUGCAUGCUUACAGCUACGACGAGUGCACAGGACGAAUCGGUGACUGCAGAACAGUGUACAAGAUGGAAAAGGAGGAAGCAAUGCCUGAUGGGAUGUGUAUUGAUGUGGAAGGGAAACUUUGGGUGGCCUGCAUUGAUGGUGGACGAGUGAUCCGUAUUGACCCUGAGACAGGGAGAAGAAUUCAAACUGUGAAGAUGCCUGUUUCCAGGAUCACAUCUUGCUGCUUUGGAGGGAAAGACUAUUCUGAAAUGUACAUCACUUCUGCCUAUGAUGGACUGAACAGCGCAGCCUUAGCAAAGGAACCUCAGGCUGGGGAGAUUUUCAAGGUAACAGGAUUGGGUGUGAAAGGAAUACCCCAGUACUACUUUGCUGGUUAAUUGUUUGUGCUAAAAGCAAGUCAGGCAGAAUCAAUGAAGAAGAAGAACAGAAUAUGGAUUACAUGAAGAUUUUAAAGUUGCACAACUUUCUUUUUUUCUAGAUAGUUGCAGUUGUGCAUGCAACUAUUAACAGGACUAAGCAAACCUGUAGAAGAUUUUUGCCUAUAUUUAGAAAUCUUUUGGUUGGUGCCAAAAAUGUUGACAAAAUAAAAAACAGU